GGGGCCUAUACCAUGAAGCUGGUUUAGGUGGCUAGCCAGCUAUGUUUCAGUUUAGUUUCCACCAACCCUGGGUUUUAGGUACUAUGAAAGUAGCUCGGCUUUAAUCGGUGUUCGUUGCCAUGGUAUCUUACGCUGCACGGCUAACCUGCUCCGGGGCAGGUUAUGUUCUGGAUUCGAGCUCUCAGUCAGAAGUUUGACCAAUCAGCGGUGAGCAAAGAAACAUAUAGGUGACGUAAUUAAUUCCCAGCUUCUGUUCUCUGUUACAAUCAUUGCAAUGGCUUCACCUUUUCUUCCAAAUCCUGUGGACAUCUCAGCGCAAAUUGUUAGACGAGCACUUCGUAGAGAAAGAGUUUUUAGGGACAGACAAAAUCCCCUUGACUUUCCUGAUACUUACUUGUAUGAAAGAUACAGAUAUUCCGCGGAAGGAAUAACUUAUCUUUGCGAACUUCUUGAGCCGCACAUAACAAAUGUGACUCGUCGAAGCCAUGCACUUACUGUACCGCAAAUGGUAUGUAUUGCAUUGCGUUUCUUCGCAAGUGGUACAUACUUGUAUGCGGUCGGUGAUGCGGAGAACCUAGGGAAAAACACGGUUUGUCGAAACAUUCGCAAGGUGGUCCUCGCACUGCAGGGGUACACAAAUAGCUUCAUUGUGUUCCCUGGACAUUUAUCGACCAUGUCCAUAAAAGAGGGAUUUUAUAAAAUUGCCGGAUUCCCUAGAGUCAUUGGAGCAAUGGACUGCACACAUGUUGCAAUCUCCACAGCUCUAGGAGAACAUCAGGCAGAUUAUGUGAACAGAAAGUCCUUUCACAGCCUUAAUGUUCAGAUGACUUGUGAUCAUGAAUGCAUGAUCACAAGCUUGGAUUCCAAAUGGCCUGGCUCAGUGCACGAGUCUAUGUUGUGUCAGCGCUUUGAGGAAGGGCUUUUUGAUGGCCUGUUGGUAGGAGACAGGGGUUAUGCAUGCCAGAGGUUUUUGCUAACCCCCUAUCCUGACCCUCAGACAGGGCCACAAAACCGCUUCAAUGUGGCCCUCAGUAAAACCAGGGUCAAGAUCGAGAUGACCUUUGGCAUCCUAAAGGCACGUUUCAACUGCCUUAGGCGCUUAAGAGUGUCACCAGAGCGGGCAUCACAGAUAGUGGCUGCAUGUGCCAUUCUGCACAAUAUAGCCACUAUCAGAAAGGAGCGAGUACCACCACAAAACCAGCUACUCCCAGAUGAAAUUGACCCCAUCACACAUGACCACCCAGCUGGCGCAGCUGUCAGAGAUGCAAUCACAACACAAUAUUUUACUUAUUAA